CGCUCUAAUCGCGUUAUCGCGUUGUUCCGCGGAUUAAAUUUCUUAUCAAAAAGUGCAAUUUUCAGGUGAUUCCGUGCCGGAUAAAAAUGCCGCGAGGGCGUCCACCUCGGCAAAAAUCGGUCCAAGAAGUUGGUGAAAGUGAGAAAUUAGUGAAAAGUGAAGAAAAGGGCUCCAAAAAGCGAUCUGACAAAAAGCAUAGAGCAAAAUUGAAGGCAUCCCAGUCGAGAGAAUUACCGGUUGGUGAAAAUGAUUCUGCGUCGGUUGCCGAUAAGGAAGGCCGGACGUUGGAAUCUCGGAAGAGAGGGCGGCCUAGGAAACCGGACUUGGAAGUGGAGGACAGCAGUUUGAAGCAAAAAGAUGAUGACAAAAAUGAUUCAGCCAAACCGGUUAUUUCUUGCGAAAUAUGCGGUAAACGGUUCAAAUUUCGAGCCACUCUGAAGCAACACGAACAAAUCCAUUACGGAAUAAAAGAAUUCGAGUGUGAACAGUGCCAUCGGCGCUUCAUGCACAAAGGAACGCUCAAAGUCCACAUGAGGCUUCAUACCGGCGAACUGCCCUAUCAAUGUCCGCACUGUCCGAAGCGGUUCCGCGGCCAAACCGCCCUGGACUGCCACGUGUUCCGUCACACAAAGCAAGGCACCAAGUGCCCCCAGUGUGAUUCGUUGUUUGCCACUCCGUCGAUCGUGAAGCAACACAUCCGUGAGGUCCACACGACGGAACGGUCGCACACGUGUCAAAUCUGCGGAGUCACGUACAAACAUCGGAAAACGUUGCGGCUGCACUUGCGGAACCACCAGAAACGAAUUUGUCCCGACUGCGGACGGGUGUUUCACAGCGUGUACGCCAUGAUGACGCACCGGAAGAUUCACGCCCAGGAUCACUUCCAGUUCCGGUGUGGGUUUUGCGACCGGAAGUUUGAGAAAGAAGACGAGCUGCAGUCGCAUGGUAAGCUACGGGGACGGACGUUCCAGUGUGAAAUGUGCUGCCAUAGCUUCAACAAGGCGGACUACCUGGAGAAUCACAACCGACGGAACCACUGGAAGGAGAUGGGGCUGGAACAGUUGAAGGUGGCGGCGCCGAAGAAUGGCUGGAACCGGAAGGGGGUGCCGAAACCGAAGAAACCGGCAAAGGAUUCUGAACCGGUUGAUGAGACCGAACUGGUUGAUUGGGAUGGUGGUCCCGUGCAGGAAACGAUAAUCCAGACUAUUGAAGUGACGGAACCACCUGAAAUCAUUCAGCAGUACGAGGUGAUUCACUAUGAAGGACUUCCCGCUGAUGCGCAGAUCGUUGUGAAAACGAUUACAACGGAGAUUGAACGAGUUCUACCUCAAGAUACCGUUCAGGAUGAAUUGGGACUAAACGAUGAAGUUGAGGAUUACGAAGAAGUGGAAUCGAUUGGUGACUACAAUGAUCAUGACUAUUCACUUGCUGGUGAGUUCGCCGAAGGUGAAGCGAUGGAGGAACUGAAUUGUGAGACGAUUGAAGCCAAAAAUGAGCCGAAAAGCUUGGAACAGCAGGAUUGUGAUACGAAACAUUUCAUCGAGACAAACUAUGAUGAACUUCCGGGUAAACCCGUUGCAAUGAAACAGGAAGCGCGGGAAUCCUCGUCGUCCGACAGUGAGGACGAACCUCUUGCAAAACUGGUAACUUCAAAGACAACUGAGGCCAUCGUGACUUUAAAGGAGGAAAUCAAGCGAGAACCACUGGAUCUGAAAGACGAACUUCACAGUUCAUCUGAGGACCAGCAAUCCUGUGAUGGCGAGUCACCAAAACCGAGACGCAAGCGUAAAGCCAACCCGAAGGAUACGCGCCAAGGUUCCAAGCGUGAAAUGCAGUGUUCCUUCUGUGGAGAAUCCUUCAAAGGACGAAAAGCGCUCAAGGAGCACAAGCUAGCGCUUCAUCCGGACUUGACUGGCAAGAGUGGGCCUUUCGUUUGCGAGUUGUGCGGUAAAAAGUAUGCGACAGCUUCAAGCUUGGUGGUUCACCGCGGUAAGCACGCCGAGUAUCAACGGUUCAAGUGCGACGAAUGUCCGAAAGCCUUCACCUAUCGCUGCUACCUGGAUAACCACAAACGAGCAGAGCACCUGCACGAGCGGUUAAUUUGUCAAAAGUGUGGCAAGCUUUUCAAGUAUCCGCAAGAUCUCAAGGUUCACACCAAACAACACGAGGAUGAAAAACCCUUCAAGUGUGACAUCUGUCCGUCGUCCUUCCGCUUCCCAAGUGCCCUUCGGUGCCACAAGGCUAUGCACGUGGCCACGAUUUUCUCCUGUGAUAUUUGCCAAAAGCAGUUCAAGUACGCGAACAGCUUGCGCGUCCACAAAAAACUCCACACGGGGAAAAAACGAUUCCAGUGCCAGAUCUGCGAUCGGGAGUUCAACACGAAGGCUCCGCUGGUUCGACAUUUGGCGAUUCAUUCGAUCGAGCGGGAAAUGAAGUGCGUUGCGUGUGAUAAGAUAUUUUACAAGAAAAUUGACCUCGUGAUUCACCAAACGAAGGAGCAUCCGAACCACCCGAUGAUUGGUCGCACGGUGAAAAUUCACACAUGCCCGGUGUGCGGACAGGAGUUCACUAAGAAAAGUAACCUGAAGUCACACUCGUACAUCCACGGCGACGAGUUCAAGUUUGCUUGCGAUCUGUGCGAGGAUCAAAAGUUUAAGCAGCACGCCGGAUUGAGGCACCAUUUGACGCACUUCCACAAGCUGGUGAUUCGAAAGAGGAAGCCGAAGGAGGAGAAGGGACAAGAUUCGGGGGGUUUGGUUGAGUUUGAACAGCCGCUGGUCGACACGACGGUGGCGACAAAGGCCACGCUGAUGCCAGGCGUUAGUGUGCUCCACAACGGGGUCCAGUUUAUGGUGCAACAGGUGCAGUGUGAAUAGUUUGUUGUUUGUUUGUGAUUUUAUUAUAUAUGAAAACGAAUAAACACUAGAAAUCGAUAGUUUA